AUGGCUACCGAUCGCCACCCUUUAGGUCCAAAGGAGCCUGCAGCUGCGAUGAUUCCUAACGAUUAUAACACCCGACUUCGAGCGGUGGAAACCACUCUAGUAGAGCUGCAAGCAUCGAUAUCUGCCGGCAGCACGAUUAUUCGCCAAGAUACUGUCGAGCACCUCCCGUCCAGUGCAGAUCGAACGGCUCGCGAUGCGCCCAUGAGCCUUAUUCAAGAGAUCAGAGACAAUAUCACCUAUAGAUAUCAUUCCAGUGCCGAUGACUGUGUUGAGGAUAAGAUGAUUGAAGGAAUUGUCUCAGAGGAUUUGACAGCAAAACUUCUUCACGGCUUUACCAAACUGUCGAGCCGCUGGUUAUUCAUGAAUACAAACCCUUUGCAGCUACGCACUAAGUCGCCAUUACUUUACGGAACUUGUCUUCUAGGUGGUCUCCAUUUGACCCCAUCUCUACAAGGAUCACAAAUGCAUCAAGCGUUGUAUCGCCAUGUCCACGGACUCCUGGGUCAAACCCAUCUAUCUUCGGCUAGCUCGCUGGAUAUAAUUCAGUCCAUGUUGAUUCUAUCUAUGUGGGACUUGCGACCCACGCUAGGUCAUGAGCAUGGGAACUCAUGGCUUUUAAGUGGAACAGCGAGUAUGCGAGUUAUGAUGACUACUUCUUUUGAGCAACUGUUGAAAGCAGAUAACAAGGAAGAAGAAGCUCGAGCACAGGAACUGAUGCGUACAUGGAACCUCAUCUGCCUCUGCCAGUUACAGUUUUCUGUUGGCUCUGGUCGUCCCCCAGUUAUCUCCGGUCAGUAUUUUGACGAAUGCGCCAAGAUCCUUGAGUUUUCGUCUUAUACUGCACGCGAUGAGCUUGUACUGGCUGGGGUGAGGCUCUAUCGAGUCCUCUGGGGACUCAUGAGUUCGGAUAUCGUUCAAAAGACGAAUGCCAUUUGGCCAGAAAUUGAUAGCUUACGAAAAUGCCAAGGCAGCAUAUACAAGCUUGACUCCUCCGAGCCUCUUCGCUUCGCAUACUCCUGUGCCUAUCUGAUGCUAGCGCGUCGGACGCUCAAACACCUGAACCAUAGCGAGUCCAACAAACCUGAUAACCUUGACGGUACAUUUGAUACAUGCGCGGUUCCAUUUAUUGAAGUUUCGGUUCAUUACUCUAUUCAAAUCCUUAAUCUUUUUCUAUCCAUGUCGAAAUUGACUACAUACAUCCACCCUGCCUAUGAAAAUCUUCUAUGCUCCUUCGCCAUGGUCACAUUGGCCGAAUUUGUCACUUAUAUAGCUGAUUUCAGUCAAACAAUACUUCUGAUGGAACAGGCUAUUUCACAUAUUCAAUGCGGAGGCAAGGCAGAGCCAGUGAGUCGAUGGUGUCUCAACAUCAUAAAGCAACAUUUCACUGAGCAUCAGGGCCUGACCCAUACUGGAAUUGCUGGAGAAAAUAGGCCGGAAGUACUGGUGUCACAGUCGGUUCAAGACUCAAUGGAACCUUGGGAUGACGAUGAGUGGAAUAUUGAACAAGAUUUUCCCUCACUUGAAGACAUGCUCUUUGGAAAUGUUGUAUGA